AUCUGGACAGUUACCUUGAAGGCUGAGAUACUACUAAGGCAAAUCGAGUUGACACAGUAGAAAAACCUUUACAUGAGUAGAGACACUCUUGACCAUGCUUGGGUGUGUUUUCCCAUCCUGAGGACACUCCGAAGGCGAUGGGCCUUUUCGCCUAAACUGUAUUCUGGGACAAUCCAUACACGGAUACUUAAAUGCAUGCAAUUUUGACAUUACUCAACAUAUAUAUAUAUAUAUAUAACUCUUUGUUUCCAUUAUAAGUUUACAAUUCCUUGACUGAUACUUUUAUGAAUGAAUAUUUAUGUCAGUCAUGUUUUAAAUGCUCUUAAAUCCCCCAAAAUAAUUUACUAACUCAAUUUGUUUUAAGAGGUGAGACUAGACGGCAUUUGAUAUUGGGUAAACCAUGACAUGCACGUGCCAUCGAUGAAUUUAGAUCCACGAGGUACAGUAUACCCCCUAGCCCCUAGCAGUAUGUCUUGUCUCAGGCCGCAAGUAGAUGGCGUCUGACUACACUACAACACAACCAAUACAGCGAGAUAGCUGAGUCACAGAACUAGGUAGGCUACUGUGGAAAAAGCAACAGUACAGAAACGGGUGUGAACACGGUUAUAGAAGCACCUGGCAAUUAUCGGGGAUCGUCUUGAAGAUGUUGUCCAUAACGUUGAAGACUCUUCAGCAGCAAACGUUUAAAAUCGAAAUAGAUCCAGAACUAACCGUAAAAGCCCUGAAGGAGAAGAUUGAGGUUGAGAAAGGGAAGGUUGGCUAUCCAGCCGCAGGGCAAAAGCUCAUCUAUGCAGGCAAAAUCUUGAAUGAUGACAUACCUUUAAAAGACUACAAAAUUGAUGAGAAAAACUUUGUGGUUGUCAUGGUUACAAAGCCCAAACCUCCAGCUCCUCCACAGAUUUCUCCUCAGGCAACCCCAGCCCCAGCCUCUAGCCCUGCUCCCGCCCCUGCGCCUCCUGUUGUUUCUGGGCUGUCCCUGUCAGACAUUACCUGUUCUACUUCUCCUGCCCCCAUGGAGAACUCAACCCUCUCCCCUACACCCACACCCGCCCCUGCCUCAAACCCCACAAAAUCAGUGGAGCCCUCCACACCCCCAUCCCCUGCACCAGCCCCUGCUUCUAUUCCCCCUGAAGCUCUGGGGGCCAAUGCAGCCCCAGCUCCUGCCGCAGCAGCAUGCCCCGUCCCUGUCUCACCCUCAGAGGACAAGCCUCACGGGGAGCACCCCGAACUGCCCCUCGCCACUACGCCAGCCCUCUCCUCCUCUAGCCUUGUUGAUGACUUAAGUCUCUUGGAAGAAGCAGCAUCGAUACUGGUGACAGGACAAGCGUAUGAGAAUCUGGUGUCUGAAAUCAUGUCUAUGGGAUAUGAAAGGGAGCAGGUUAUUGCAGCGCUGCGAGCCAGUUACAACAACCCAGACAGAGCCGUGGAGUACCUGCUAAUGGGGAUUCCGUCCGAGGCUGAUCUUCAGCCAGUGGAAGCGCUCCAACACAGAGUUCUGGCCAACCUCAAUCCCACUGCCACAGUUCCUGCCCCAGCCUCUGCUCCAGCCUCUGCUCCAGCCUCUGCUCCAGCUUCUGAUCCAGCCACAGAUAUAGCCCAGCCCCCACCAGCAGCCACCAGCGCAGUGUCUUCAAUCCAGCAGCCCCCCUCGUCUCGUGGGAUGACUGGUGGGCUAACUGGUGGGCUUACUGGUGGGCUUACUGGUGGAGGUACUGGGGGUGGGAACCCUCUGGAGUUCCUGAGGAACCAGCCACAAUUCCAGCAGAUGAGACAGAUCAUCCAGCAGAACCCAACUCUUCUUCCUGCCCUGCUCCAGCAGCUGGGCAGAGAUAACCCCCAGUUGCUGCAGCAAAUUACCCAGCACCAGGAGAGGUUUGUGCAGAUGCUGAAUGAGCCUCAAGGAGGAGAGAUGGUAGAGGAGGGAGCUGAGGCCCAGGGGGCGCCACAGACUAACUACAUCCAGGUCACCCCACAAGAGAAGGAGGCCAUCGAGAGGUUAAAAGCCUUGGGAUUUCCAGAGGGACUUGUCAUUCAAGCAUAUUUUGCAUGUGAGAAGAACGAGAAUCUAGCUGCCAAUUUUCUGCUCCAACAAACAUUUGAUGACGAGUGAACGUGCCUGCCUUGGCAUGAAGGGGAAGAAUGGAGGGCUAGAGAAUGAGUAAUAGUGCUCCAGAAUGUGCUUUUGAAGGAAGGAGUGGAAAAAGUUACCCAAAGUGACUGGUCUUCCCGGAUGCUAUUCAUUGGACAAAGACGUGAUGUGUUGUUACUGUCAGCUAGGCCUUCUCCAUUCUGAGUGUUAGAUCUCCAUGGGCUCUCUCUCUCUCUCUCUCUCUCUCUCUCUCUCUCUCUCUCUCUCUCUCUCUCUCUCUCUCUCUCUCUCUCUCUCUCUCUCUCU